GCGGCAAACUACUAGCGAAGGCCGACAUAACUCCGUUCCAUCAGUGCGCGGGAGAAGACGCAUCCACCAUCGCUAGGCAGCGACGAAGGAGAGAGAUGGUAGGUCGGGAGGAGAGAGAGAGAAGGUUCACGGCGAAAGGAAGGAGAGAGAUGGCAGGUGAGAGAAAGGGGAGAGAUGGUGGGAGAGAACUGAGAGAGAUGGUAGGUGAGUAAUACCUGUGGCCAGUAGGAAGAGAGGGAUAGAGAUGCCAGGCGCUGAAGCAGCGAGAUGCCCGGGGGAGAGAGAGGAGAGGGAGGUGGUCGGUGAGGAAUCCGUGUGGCCGGUACAGAGAGAGGAAGGAGGGAGAUGAUAAGAGCAAAGGAAGAGAAGGAAGAGGACGGGGAGAAGGAGAAGGAGAAGGAAGAGAAGGAGAAGGAGAAGGAGAAGGAGCGGGAGAAGGAGAAGGAGAAGGAGAAGGGGAGAAAGGGCGAAAGGGCAUCAGAGCUGGAAGAGGGAGGUAACUGCCCUCCUGCAGAGGCGAACUCGCGCGCAGAAGGGAAGAUCCGACACAAUGGAGAAGAAUUUAGAAGAGACCCCGACGUACCGAGUAGAUACCUUCGUCGAGCCCGCGCUGCCUCCAGCAGGCAAGAGAAGCUCCGCAUUGCUGCUGCUGCUGCUACUGCCCUUCCUGAUCCUUCACCUGACCCCCAAACUGACCCAGAAACCGAUCCACAAGCCGGCGAUGCUCAUGCCAUCGCCAUAGCCAUGGAUAUGGAGUACGAGAGGAAGAAGGAGACGGACAAGCACAAGGACAAGGACAAGGACACGUGUGGUCGGUCUUCAACUGCCUGCUUCUGGCUUCUGUCCUUUGCGCUCCAGUUCCUCCCAUCCUUUCGAGAAGAGGACUACCUCACUCUCCGCAUGCUGUUCAUUACUAAUCAAAAUUUGAAUCUGUCGUUCGACUUCCACCUGUACUUAACGAGAUGUAUGGAGGAGGAUUUCUCCCAGGUGGUGGGCAUGCGCAUCCCGAUGUGGCUGGUCCUUGUCUUCCUGCUCGUCUUCAACAUGCAGAGGAACGGUCUCUUCUUCUGGUUCGAGUUGGUCGGGAUGAUGCUGUGCAUGGCGGUCGGGACGAAGUUGGUGGCCAUCCUGCGCACGAUCUCCGCCGAGAGCGCAAGGGGGCGGAAGGUGUGGGGACCGGGGGGCGGGGGAAGAGCAGGGUCGGGCGUCCGCCGCGGCGUCCGCGCCUCCUUUGCCGGAUCCGCUCGAGCUGCAGCCGGCUAUCCCGCUCGAUCGUCGGACGAGCUCUUCUGGUUCAGCAGGCCGUCGCUGCUCCUCGCCUUCCUCCAUUUUAUCUUCUUUUCCAAUACCGUUGAGUUAUCGGCCUUCAUCUUCUACUCCUGGAAAUUUGGACUGCAAUCUUGUCUACAAGAAGAAACGAAGAUCAUCGUAGCUCGACUGAUCAUCGCCUUGGCUCUGCUCGUGCUCAGCUCGUACGUCGCGCUGCCCCUAUACGCGGUUGCUUCGCAAAUGGGGUCGUCGUACAGAAGGGCAACUCUGCAAAAGCUCAGUCCCAAGGAAAAAGCCGCCCCCGCCCCUUUCUUCCGCGGCUCCUUCCCCGCCCGCGCGGGACACGGGAGGGCAAGACCGAGCAGGAAGAGGCUAGUAGAUAAGGGGAAAGCUGCGCAAGUUGCGUCACCGGGGCAAGCCGCGCAAGGUGCGCAGGCUGCGCAAGGAUGGGCACCCCGCACGACCGCUGACGGAUCAGAAAUCGUUGAUCCGCAUCCAUUGCCGCGGCCGACGGCUGGUCAGUCAUCAAACAGGCAUACUGUCACUGCGUCGCCCUCCUACAUAGUACUUGGGGAUCAUCCCCCAGCAGCACAGCGGAUCAUUGACUCAGAGGAGGAUGGAGCAGCAUCGCACCAGGUCAUGCAGGAUGAUCAGAUUCAUCACAAUGUCCCCACCACCACCUCUCGCUAGAAACGGACCCUUGCACAGCCGCGAGAGACAAUGUGAACCGUUACGGUUGCGUCUCCUUUCUAGAGAAGUUCUAGUACUUCUAGAUCCUGCAGCAGCAUCACACCAAAAAAUAUAUAAUCAGGAAAUUCAAUAGGAGUCUAGGCUACCAGAGUGGCCCGGGGCCAAGUCCCACUAGCAGCGUUGAGCUACCUCAACGCCUGAAUCUGGACACUUUUGCGGAGAUGUCCAGAAAUGGUGUUGAGUUUCGUGAACUGCACGUCUGCACAAACACGUCCAGAUUCAGGCGUUGAGGUAGCUCAACGCUGCUAGUGGGACUUGGCCCCCCGGGGCCAGGUCCCACAUGCACCGUUGAACUAGCUCAAUGCAAAAACGGUGUGACACGGUGUUUGCCACUUAAAAACUCAAAACAAAGGCAAAAAAAGAGAAUCAAAUGCUGCAGAAAGC